UACCCUAGUCCCGACUGUUGCUCAAUCCAGAAGCACAGUUCCUGUGGGCCGAGCCUGACUGAUUUGGUCAUCUCUCUUCUGCACUUCAAGGGAAAGGCAAAAUCUUGCACAAGGGGCCCCAGUGUCUGUCCCCUCCGACUGGCUGAGGAAGGGUGUGCCAUGGAGCCUCUCUACCUGUUUCUCCUGCUGCUGGUCACAGAGUUGUCCCAAGCCCUCAACACCACGGUGCUGCAGGGUGUGGCCGGACAGUCCCUGCGGGUGUCAUGUACCUAUGACACCUUGAAGCACUGGGGUCGACGCAAGGCCUGGUGUCGCCAGCUGGGUGAGGAGGGCCCAUGCCAGCGUGUGGUGAGCACACACAGUGUGUGGGUGCUGGCCUUCCUAAGGAAACGGAACGGGAGUACAGUCAUCACAGAUGACACCCUUGCUGGAACCCUCACCGUCACUCUGAGGAACCUCCAAGCUGGUGACGCGGGCCUCUACCAGUGUCAGAGCCUCCGAGGCCAAGAGGCUGAUGUCCUACAGAAGGUCCUAGUGGAGGUCCUAGCAGACCCUCUAGAUGACCAAGAUGCUGGAGAUCUCUGGGUCCCUGAGGACCCACAGAGUUUUGAGGGUGCCCAAGUGGAACACAGCACUUCCAGGAGCCAGUCCAGAGAGAUCACCUUCCCACCCACUUCCAUACUCCUCCUCCUGGCCUGUGUCCUCUUCAGCAAGCUACUCAUAGCCAGCAUUCUCUGGGCUGUGGCCAGGGGCAGGCAGAAGCAGGGGACAGGUGUGGCCAGCAGGUUGGAUUGUGGCCACGAUGCUGGGCACCAACUUCAGAUCCUGACUGGACCCAGAACUUCGUGAGAGAACUCCAAGUGGGAAGAGAAACCCAGCUGAAGUCCACCCAGGAACCAUCCCAGCUUGCACAUUCUCUCCCUCCCUCUUACCAAGACAUCUGUUUUUGCUCCUUCUGUUUCAGAAGCCACUUCUGCCUAAAGCUU